AUGGUUCGUUCAUUCAUGGAGAUGGACAGCAUUCAGCCUAACCAGGCUCUCCUGGACGCCAGCGAUCCCACAGAGCGUCAUUUUGCUGCCACACACAAGCGCUCGACGGACGGGGCCAUCAAUCGCUUCUUCUCGCUGGAACGCAAAUUUCGUCGGUAUCCAGAAUUGAAGCAGCAGUACGAAGCUUUCCUGGACGACUACUUGCAACGUGGACAUAUGGAACAAUUGACCUCGGCUCAGUUUUUGAUGGAUCAGGAAAGGACAGCUCUGGAGUAUCGCUCAAUGACAGACUACAUAUUGGUCCACCGAUUCAACGCGAUCUUCUUGACGUUUGUCUACCAAUACGCUCACGCUCUUCUGCACGAUGCCUAUGUGGACGAUAUCCCUACAGGCGCCAACACAUUCGAGGAGCUUAUGAUUCUCAAGGACGAGCUUAUAGCCCUCUUGAAUAAGGGAAAAUUCAAGCUACGCAAAUGGAGUUCUAAUAGUUGGCGUCUUCUGAAAUCAAUACCAGAGGAAGAUAGAUGUUUUGAACCUAUCCAGCUCCUCAACAAAUCAGCUGCGGAUUCACCUGUCAAAGUUCUUGGUAUCCAAUGGAACCCUGGGAAGGACGUUCUGUAUCUCAACCUAAAGGGAUGCGAUGCGACCAUUUCUCCGACGAAAAGAGAACUCUUGUCUCAGCUAUCAAGAAUUUAUGAUCCGCUUGGACUGGUAGCGCCGGUCACAGUUCUACUUAAGCUUAUCUUCCAAGAAAGCUGGACAAGUGUCCUGCAGUGGGACGACCCCAUUCCUGAAAGUCUACGUACGCGCUGGAGAGCCUUAGUAGAGGAUUUGCCAGCACUUACGCAAUGCCAAGUACCACGGUAUAUUGCGUCACCAUUUGGAGAUGUUCAACUACACGGAUUCGCCGACGCAUCCUCGCACGCCUACGGUGCGGUAGUUUACGCUCGAGUUGCAGUUGGAUGCAGCUUUCAAGUAACUCUGGUUGCCGCCAAAACACGGGUGGCCCCGAUCAAGCCCGUAUCAAUUCCACGUUUGGAGCUCAACGCUGCCACAAGCUGCUGGACAGAUUCAGAAAUUGUGCUACACUGGCUUUCAGCUCCCCCUCGACGGUGGAACACCUACGUCUGCAACCGAACUUCUGAGAUAUUGAGCGACUUUCCCCGUAGCUGCUGGAACCAUGUUCGCACGGAAGACAAUCAUGCUGAUUGUGCUUCCCGAGGACUUCAUCCGUCAAAGCUUCUGGAGCAUCGACUGUGGUGGAAAGGUCCGUCCUGGCUGGCCACACCCACCUCUGAGUGGCCACCUUCUACAAGCAAGUUCAGCGUAUCUUCAAGUUUCGAUUUCAACACCGAAGAACGAGCCAUAAAGCCCACGACUCUGCAUAACUUUCCUGAUGAAAGUAUACACGAGUUACUCAUCCACAAAUUCUCAACCUGGACGCGUCUUAUAAGGGUAUCUAGCUACUGUCAUCGCUUUAUUCACACUCUUCGAUCUCAUCAUAGGAAUUCGGCACCAUUCCUUACGUCUGAAGAGUUGCUGGACGCACAGCGCCGACUUAUUCGACAUGUGCAACAAAAAUCCUUUGCCAGAGAAUAUGCGCAGCUAGAGAAUCGACGCCAGCUUAACGCUAAAUCGCAUCUUAUCCGGUUUUCUCCGUUUCUGGAUGAUUAUGGAGUAAUGCGAGUCGGUGGGAGAAUCGAGCAAUCUACACUAAACUACAACGCCAAGCACCCGAUUCUGAUACCUAAAGAUACACCACUAGCUGGACUGCUGGUUCGACAUUUUCAUGUCUCCUAUCUGCACACUGGAGUUGAUGCAACGUUCACCAAUCUUCGUCAGCAGUACUGGAUUCUGGGAGCCCGCAAUCUCGUCAGAAAGGCAGUCUUCCAAUGCAAAUCCUGUUUUCUUCAACGAAAGGGCACAAGCAACCAGAUCAUGGGAGAGCUACCAAUUCCUCGAGUUCAAGCUAGCCGCUGCUUUCAACACACAGGGCUGGACUACGCUGGACCGAUCGCAAUCAAGGAAUCAAAAGGAAGAACUCCACGCAUCGGAAAGGCAUGGUUUUCUAUUUUCGUGUGCCUCACUACAAAGGCACUUCACAUCGAGGUUGUUAGUGAGCUAACUACACAGGCUUUCAUCGCAGCCUUUCAACGAUUCAUUGCCCGCCGAGCGAAGCCUACUGACCUGUAUUCCGACAACGGAACUACAUUUCAUGGAGGCAAGCGAAUUAUGGAUGACAUGAGACGUCUGGCCAUUCAACAAGCCAAAGAUGAGGAACUAGCAGGAUUCUUUGCCAAUGAAGGGAUUUCUUGGCACUUUAUACCCCCGUCUGCUCCCCAUUUUGGAGGGAUGUGGGAAGCUGGAGUUCGCUCAAUUAAACUCCAUAUGAAACGGAUACUUGGAUCAAAGGCUUUAACGUUUGAGGAGCUCUCUACUGUCCUGACCCAAAUUGAAGCUAUCCUGAAUUCACGCCCGCUGUGCCCAACUGGGUAUAAUUCUUUGGAUCCACUGACGCCUGCUCAUUUUUUGACUGGAUCUCCGUAUACUGCAUUGCCUGAACCCUGUCGUCUGGAUAUGCAAGUCAAUCGAUUGGAGAGGUGGAAUCAGCUGCAAGCCAUGGUUAAAGGCUUUUGGAAAAGGUGGCAUAUGGAAUACCUGACAUCUCUUCAUGAGCGGACAAAGUGGCAUCUGGAAACCGAGAAUCUGAAGAUCGACCCACUGGUAGUACUCAAGGAGCCCAAUCUACCGCCCUCUAAAUGGAUUCUUGGCCGCAUCACCGCAGUGCACGCGAAAUCGACGACAAGGUCCGAGUCGUUACAGUGA